AUGGGAGAUAAAGGUGGAAAAAAUGAUAUGGACAGGAUUGGAGUGUUCCAGGAAAUGGGAUAUGUCACAAUAGGCGACAGAUAUAAACCUCCUGGAAUUCAGUUCAAUGCUGCUGCCAGUAAAGGAAAACAGAUGCUGCCUGGUGGCAGCAAGACCAGGUCAGCUUUACAGAGCGGUUAUUUUAUGGAGAAAUUUGGGAGAGUAAUGGAGGGAGAAGGAUACAGUGAUCCAAUCAAAAUGAGACGGCAACACAGAUUAAAAGAAUCCCAAAGAAAUAUUGGAAAGGCAUUUUUACCUAGCAGUGGUGAAAAGAAACCGUCUGGACUAGGAAGCCAUUAUGGCACACUAUCUGGUCCUAUAUCAGCCUUUAGUCCAAACAUGAGGCCAGGGAAAAGCUACAAAUCACCAGGAAAGAACUUUCUGACAAAUCCGGGAAAAAAAGGAACAGGUUUUGGUUUUGUUGAGAUCACUCUGGGAAGCUAUCCAAAAUACCAAGCGGAUGCAUAUGACCGGGCAAGAGAAUUAACCAAGAAAGAGCUAGCUAAUCAUAAAAAUGCUGUAAAAGGUGCUGCGUUUAGAUUGAAUAUGCAUCCCAAAGCCUACUUUGACCAGAAUCCCUAUGCAUCAGAUAAGUUAAUGGGACGACGAAGUGUGUCUGCAGGUGUCUCAAAGAAAGAGGAUGUUAAGCCAUUCAAGCCAAGCUCUCCUGGGAAGAAGCCUGCUGGAAUGAAGGCCGGAACAUUUGACCCUUAUCCUUCGCAUUCUGCCGACCCUUACAAGGUCAAAGUGUCACGUUCUGUCAAUGUUGUCAACAAAACUGGAAAGACUUUUAUGCCAUCACAGGGACCUAAAUCUGUACCAACUAACUCUAUAGUCAACCAGAACAUAAUGAAAACAAUCAACGUACAGAACUACAGAUCAAUGACAUCCAUCAUUUAAAGGAGGAUAACAAACUUUAACCAGAAUUAUAAACCAACACCUAGAAUUAUAUAUUUGUGAUCACAGCUGAUAUCAAGGAUUAGGUUCUGACUGCCCACAUAUCUGCUGCCUUGUAAAAAGUACGACAAGGUCCUCAUUUCUACAUACAUUCAAUA